GCAUCCCGCAUCCAUUGAUCUCCGUGGAGCGUUUCUGACAUGAUCACAAAUUCACACCUUUGACCAUAGAAAAACCACGAUAGUACAUUUUCCUCAAGCAGAUUACGCAGAAUAUUCUUCAGAUAGAUCGCUCUUGAUUCAUGAGCGAUGGCAUCGCGACCUUUUCCAUACGCUGGUUAUUCGGAAGACGUUGACAAGCGAGUGCGUGUACUGUUCAACGGAAAGUUUGUGGUAGAUGCAAAGAAAGCCAAACUGGUUUGGGAACACGCAUACUAUCCGACCUACUACUUCCAGAAACUCGAUGUCCGCCUGGAGUAUCUUAAGAAUGAAAAGCCUGGGGCGACAGACUCAGAGCGAGUAUAUGAUCUCGUGGUUGAUGAUCGCGUCGCGGAAAAUGCCGUGACUGUCUUCCACGCUGGACCCUUCCAGGACUCUGUUAAAGUCAUCUUUAGUAAGGCUGAUGCGUGGUUUGAGGAAGAUGAAAGGAUAUACGUGCAUCCGAAAGACCCAUAUAAGAGAAUCGACAUCCUGGAGACAUCGAAACACAUCCGUGUCGAAAUAGAGGGCAUCGAAGUUGCGAAUACCGUGAAAGCGCGGUUGUUGUAUGAGACGGGACUUCCAACGCGCGCAUACAUUCCCAUGACGGAUAUCCGUCUUGAUCUCGUUACACCUUCGCAGCUUACAACUUCAUGCCCAUAUAAGGGCGAUGCGAGUUACUUUGAUGUCGAACACCCUACGAAAAAGAUCAAGAAUCUGCUCUGGUGGUACAAGAACCCGACACCAGAAAGUGCAGAUAUCAGAGGACGCGUUGCCUUCUACAACGAAAAGGUUGAUAUGUGGAUAGAUGGUGUGAAACAAGAGCGUCCAGUGUCACACUUUACUUGAAUCGUGCCCAGCAGCAUUACAUGUAAUCAAGCCAGAUGAUUUCUCAUAAAGGAUAAGUCUAGCUGUCUAUGAAAUAUUUCGAAGACAUCAGCAUUC